UGCAUUACAAAAUUGCAUCCUCCUAUUCUGAACUGUUUGAUCGGAGUUCUGCCGAUUUGUUAAGUGUGUUAGCUACAUUUGACUUUUAUGAUCUAGCUUACUUUCAGUUUACACAGUGUUACCAUGUCGGUGGCGUUUGCACCUCACAGGCAGCGUGGGAAGGGUGAUAUAACACCCGCUGGAAUACAAAAGUUACUUGACGAGAACAACCAGCUCAUCCAAUGUAUAAUGGACUUCCAAAGCAAAGGCAAAACGGCUGAGUGUUCACAGUAUCAACAGAUGCUGCACAGAAAUUUAGUAUACCUGGCCACAAUAGCAGACUCAAAUCAGAACAUGCAGUCUCUCCUUCCUGCGCCACCCACUCAAAACAUGCCCAUGGGCCCUGGUGGGAUGAACCAAAGUGGACCUCCCCCUCAGCCUCCUCAUGGUCACAACAUGCCCUCUGAGGGUAUGGUAACUGGUGGCCCUCCAGCUCCACACAUGCAGACCCAGAUGAAUGGACAGAUGCCUGGACCUAAUCACAUGCCUAUGCAAGGUCCCGGCCCCGGCCCUAACCAACCCCCAAACAUGCCCAGCGGCUCUAUGAAUAUGCCCCCCAACAGCCAUGGCUCAAUGGGUGGCUACAAUCACACCGUCCCUUCUUCCCAGGGCAUACCAGCACAGAGUCAAAUGAACAUGACCCAGGGCCAACCCAUGGGAAACUAUGGGCCUCGGCCAAACAUGAACAUGCAGCCUAAUCAAGGCCCCAUGAUGCACCAGCAGCCUCCCUCCCAGCAGUAUAACAUGCCUCCCGGUGGUGGUGGGCAGCAUUACCAAGGUCAGCAGACCCCAAUGGGCAUGAUGGGCCAGGUCAACCAAGGAAACCACGUCAUGGGGCAGAGGCCAAUGCCACCCUAUAGGCCCCCACAGCAAGGACCCCCUCAGCAGUACCCAGGGCAGGAAGACUACUAUGGGGACCAGUACAGUCACGCAGGACAGGGAGCCUCAGAAGGUAAUGCCCAGUACGGCCAACAACAGGAAGCGUACCAGCAAGGCCCCCCUCAGCAGCAGGGCUACCCUCCCCAGCAGCAGUACCCGGGUCAGCAGGGCUACCCUCCACAGCAGCAGGGUUAUGGUCCCUCUCAAAGUGCCCCAGGACAGUAUCCCAACUAUCCUCAGGGGCAGGGCCAGCAGUACGGGGCCUACCGCCCUCCUCAGCCUGGACCCCCACAAGGCCAGCAGCAACGCCCUUAUGGCUAUGACCAGGGGCACAUGAGGAAAUAAAGGCCCGGGGAAUUGAACCCCUGACUAGCUCUGUAAGAAGCAAAGGGGCAGUAUGGAAAUUACCAGCAAUGAGAGAUGGUCACAGCAACCCACACAGCUCUGCUCUGAUCUCUGAGCUUUGACCUCUGGUCAAGUGUUACGCAGCCUUUAAUGAUGGUUGCAUCUUGCAGAGAUUCUCUCAGACCGAAAAUAUACAGUACUCAAAAACAAGAUCACCCCCCCUUAACACCCUUUGGGCCCCUAUCCUUGCCUAUAAAAUGUGUUCUGUUCAUGUAUUUUGACUUGACGUCAAAGUCGGUGACCCACCCUCUGGUCCACUGUUUCAAAGCAGCAAUGCCUUAAAAAAAAAUGGAACUGCCUUAUCCUUUAGCAUUGCCGAUUGUGAAAUGGGCUAACAAAAUUUUGGAUAUUGGAGAUCAUUUAAAUGUACAGUUUAAUCUAUUACGGUUCAUUAUUUCUCUAACCUUCAGCACCCUGUCAAUAAGAAGCAAUAAUGCCAGCAGUAGGGAAAUAUGUGGGGGCUUAAAGACAUAAUGCACCUGAUGAACUUCCCGCUAGGCCAUGGUACAUGUCUCGAUGUAUGUGAUGAUGUAAAAAUAUAUUUUAUGCUUUUUAGAUCAAGCUAACUUUGUAUAAGACAAAACUAGUACUAAAGCUGUGUUGUUUAUUUCAUGAAGUGUAUGUGUCAAUGUUUUUUAUGAUGAACCCAUCCAGCACUUGUUUUUAUUUUGUUUUUUUUUUGUUUUGUUUUUUUUUUUUGUUUGGGUUACAUUGUAGAACUGUGGAAUUGGAUCUGCUAUAUUGGUCACAUGGACACUGUAUGAGUUCUUUUGUGAGAAAACAGUGAAUUAAUAGAGAUGCAGAGAAUUCCCCUUAACAGCAGAAAUGAACAGCAAGCCUAGAACUUAAUGAACAAAGCUCUGGGAAAUGUUUCAUAUGUUAUAAAGCAUGUAACCAGUGCUGUACCUUUUGUCUAGCUGUGUUUUUAAGUUAGUGAACACAUUAGCUGACAGAUAAACGGCUAUUGCCUUUAUUUGACACGUACCCAACAUGGUAAUAUGUAGCCACUGCAGAUUGUAAGUUUAUGCUCCCAAGAGCCAUCUCUUCUAUACAAGCACCUCAGUCUUGUCCAUUGACUGCAAAAUGGUGAAUGGGAAAGAUUGCACUUGGUAUUAUAAAUAUUUCCAAGUACAUUAUUUUGUUAGUCUUGACAAUGCUGGAAUACCCUUUUCCCUUUGAAUAAACGUAUAAGUUGAUGUCAUUCAAAUAGUGUUGUGUGUGAAUAAUAAAGAUUGUUACUGUCAAAUAUGUAACAUAAGAUGUGAAAAUAAUGUUCUGCAGUUGAUUCCUUAAUUUCACAGUAACAACUGGUUGUGCAGUUUUAUAUCACUGGCUUGAUAUCUGUUUUAUGGUGCAUACCUUAUUGAUCCCAUAUGUACAGCAGCAUAAAGAGGAGGGCCUCAUUUUCCUCUGAUAUUGUUUAUAUGGCUGUUUUAAUAUUUUGCAUUCUGCACCCCAUUGAAGUGGUGGUCACAUUUGUGUUCAUUGCAUUGUAUAACUGUACAUUAUAAUAAAAUGAAAGAAUCUUUAAUAUA